AUGGCUGCGACCAGGGCGCGCGCAGGCAAAGGUGUCUCAGGCCUCGCAGGGUUGGAGUUGCACGGACGCAUCCCCGGUUCUGGCGAUGGCCCCCGUGGAAACACCCGGCAAAUCACAGCCCCGGUUGGGCCUGGCGAUUGCAGAAUCAUCCGACCAGAUGAGGAGGAGGUUGCAACGCUGCGCGACGGGUUCCCAGAGCGCAUUGCGCGCCUACGCCGGUUCGGUUUACGGUGUAGUGCUGCUGCGGUGCUGCUGCGGUGCUGCUGUAGUGUUGCUGUACUUGGUGUGCACCGACAAGACAUCGGCAAGUGGGAAAUAGCACCCACGGACGUCCGGGUGCACCUGGCGCAAGUGGUGAGCUCUCUGCCAGUCAGUGGCUCUGGUGGAAUCCUUGGUUGA